CGGCCCCUUUAACCUCCGUCAUCGUGGUGCCCUCGCGCCUUUCAGGGCUGAACCCAGGGCCGCACGUCCGACCAUAAAAACUACAGUCAACAUUGCUCUUGCCAUUUACGACCUCACAAUGGCCCACCCCGCGAGCAGAUACCAUCGUCGCGUCCUGCGCGAACUGACCUACUUUGCGCUCCUACCCAUCAUCACUACCCAUCUCCUCCUGCGAUGGCGCUCCAUCAGUCUGGGUGCACUAAUAAUCCCAGCAUACGCUGUCGCUGUCGCGACCUGGAUCACCAUCAAUCAACUGCGCUCAUCCUGUGUACAAGCCCUCGAGCGGCGUAAUCUGGGCGCUCGGCCAAUUCCUUGCGUAAAUGGGCGGCUCCCCGGAAACCUCGACGUCCUGUUCCGCAUGAUGAAGGCCUUCAAGAACAGCUACGUCCUAGAUGUAUAUCUUCAGCUCUUCAAGGAAUACAAUACAACUACGCUGAACCUGCGGAUCCUAUGGGUAGACAAUAUUAUCACGAUGGAUCAGGAGCACUCGAAGUUUAUAUUGGCCACGGGCUUCCAGAAUUUUUGGCGAGGUUUGGCACAGAAAGAGCGCAUGGAAACGUUCCUUGGCGAAGGCAUAUUCAAUCGAGACGAUGAGCCCUGGAAAAUGCAUCGCGCGGUAGCCCGCCCCUUCUUCGCUCGCGACCGCAUAUCCGACCUCGACACCUUCGAGCGGUACACGCAGCGCACUCUCAGCAUCUUAUCCGACGCCACCACCAAGAACCAGCCCAUCGAUAUCCAGGAUCUCUUCUCGCGAUUCGCUCUAGAUGCAACCUCAGAAUUCCUCUUCGGCAGCUCCUUCGACACACUCGCGGGUGAACGGCCGAUCGCCGGGGUGGCGGGCUUGGGGCCUAAGGGCGCUACCGCCGGCGACCCCUUUGGGUCCUUCGUGCAGGCCUUUGAGGCGGCGCAGGUCACCUGCACUACGCGCGCCCGCGUUGGUCAUUUCUGGCCACUGCUGGAGCCAUUUCAGGACGCCAAUCGCGAGAACGCCGAGCACAUCCGUCAAUGGCUGGAUCCUCUCGUCGAGCGCGCGCUUCGAGACAAGGCCCGACGAGAAGGCGUAGACAGCCCUGUCGCAGAGAGGAAUUUCUUGGAACACCUUGUCGAGAGUACUGACGACCGUGUCAUCAUACGCGACCAGCUCCUCAGCAUGCUACUGGCGGCGCGGGACACCACGGCCUGCCUCCUCACCUUCGUCGUCUACUUCCUGACCUCGCACGCCGAUGUCCUCACAAAGUUGAGAACCGAAAUUCUCGCCGUCUGUGGGCAGAACGGAUCUCCUACCAUACCACAACUUCGCUCGCUCAAGUACACUCGCGCCAUGCUCAACGAGACACUGCGUCUCUUCCCGCCCGUGCCGCUCAACAUUCGCGAGACGCGCGAAACCCCAUGCGUCUUCCCCCCUUCUCGGACGGCUACCGACUCUCGUCCUCUUUAUGUCCCAAAGCAUACAUCUGUAGUAUACCUUCCUCUCUUGAUACAACGGGAUCCUGAGCUUUGGGGCCCCGAUGCGGACGUCUUCGACCCAGAACGGUGGAUGGACGAUCGUUUGGGGCGCUACGUUCAUGACCCUGCAAUAUUCGCACCAUUCAGCGCAGGUCCGCGGAUUUGUAUCGGGCAGAAUUACGCAUAUAACCAUGCGACAUACUUCCUGGUCAGACUUCUUCAGAGGUUUGACACGUUCGCGCUGGCUACGGAAGCUCAGCCCGCUGGAUCCCUCCCUCCGGAGGAGUGGAAACUACGCGAGGGGCGUCAACAAUAUGAACGAAUCUGGCCAUCGAAUGCUAUGACCUUGUUUGUCAAGGGCGGCCUUUGGGUCAAGAUGUCGAGACGCUCCUCGUAAUGAGCACCUCCUUGGUGAUUGUGCAUGUAUAUUAGCAUGGCAUAUUACCCUUCUAUUAUGUUUCGGCUCGCC